AUCUAUAUUUAUUUUAUCUAAGACUCUUUAGAGAAAGAGAGAUAGAUUCUAUUCUUUACAAUCCUAUUCUUUCAAUAAAAAAUAUAAUUACUAUUGAUUUAUAGUUAUAAUAUAGAUUAUAAAUCUAUAUUUUACAUAUAGAUAUAUUUUACAAUUUCUGAAAGUGACUUUAAAAUAAAACAAUUAUAAUAUAAAUAUGUCAAAAUUUUAUAAAUUUUUUAAGAAAGGAAGAUGCUCCGUGAUUGGAAUGGUACACGUUGGUGCUUUGCCUGGCACACCUUCAUAUAAUGGUAAUAUUAAUCAAAUUAUAAAUAAUAAAGAUACAAUAAAGGAAACAAUAAUCUAUAGAGAUUGUAAUAUUGAUGGUAUUUUAGUGGAAAAUAUGCAUGACAAUCCAUAUGUGAGAUCUGAACAUUUAACACCUGAAACAACAGCAAUGAUGACUAGAAUCUGCAUAGAAAUUAAGCAAGUAUUACCUGAAAGUAUACCUUGUGGUAUACAGAUUUUAGCAGGAUGUAAUAAAGAAGCAAUAGCUGUAGCAAAGGCAACUAAUUUUCAAUUUAUCAGAGCGGAAGGAUUUGUCUUUUCUCAUAUUGCAGAUGAGGGAUUUACAGAUGCAUGUGCUGGUUCUUUAUUGAGAUACAGAAAACAAAUUGAUGCUAAUGAUAUUCUUAUUUUUGCUGAUAUUAAAAAAAAGCAUAGUUCACAUACAAUCACUUCUGAUGUAAAUUUAUUAGAAACAGCAAAAGCAGCAAAAUUUUUCUUAGCUGAUGGAAUAAUCUUGACAGGAGAUGCUACAGGUUAUCCAGCAAAUGUAACAGAACUUACAGAAAUUAAAAAAAAUGUUGAUAUACCUGUUCUUAUUGGUUCUGGUAUUACAAAAAAAAAUAUAAAAAAUUAUUUGUCUUCUAAUGCAGUAAUUGUUGGAUCACAUUUUAAGAUUAAUGGAACAUAGCAAAAUAAGAUAAAUAAAAAGAAAGUAAAUAAUUUUAUAAAAAAAUUAACAAUUCUUCAAAAU